GGCUGCAGGAAGCUGGGGCCGGUCCGGGAGUCCGUGCUGCGCCCUCGGCCGACAUGAGUUCGGCGCUGGAGCUCCGAGGGACUGGCUGUGCAGGUGAAGAACAAAACAUGACAGAAACAGAUGCCUUCCCUAAGAGAGAAAUGUUUGAUCCAGCAGAAAAGUACAAAAUGGACCACAAGAGGAGAGGAGUUGCUUUAAUCUUCAAUCAUGAGAGGUUCUUCUGGCACCUGACGCUGCCGGACAGGAGGGGCACUAGCGCCGACAGAGACAAUCUUCAGCGCAGGUUUUCAGAUCUAGGAUUUGAAGUGAAAUGCUUUAACGAUCUUAAAGCAGAAGAACUACUGCUCAAAAUUCAUGAGGCAUCAACUACUAGCCAUGUAGAUGCCGAUUGCUUUUUGUGUGUUUUCCUGAGUCACGGUGAAGGCAACCACAUCUACGCAUAUGAUGCCAAAAUUGAAAUUCAGACGUUGACUGGCUUGUUCAAAGGAGACAGGUGUCAGAGCCUGGUUGGAAAACCCAAGAUAUUUAUCAUUCAGGCGUGUCGGGGAAACCAGCACGAUGUGCCCGUCAUUCCUUUGGACGUCGUGGAUCAUCAGACAGACGUGCCGGAUGCCAACGUAACCCAGGUGGAUGCGGCCUCGGUGUACACGCUGCCUGCCGGAGCUGACUUCCUCAUGUGCUACUCGGUGGCAGAAGGUUAUUAUUCUCAUCGGGAAACUGUGAACGGCUCAUGGUACAUUCAAGAUUUGUGUGAGAUGCUGGGAAAAUUUGGCUCCUCCUUAGAGUUCACAGAACUCCUCACACUGGUGAAUAGGAAAGUUUCUCAGCGCCGAGUAGACUUUUGUAAAGACCCAAAUGCAAUUGGAAAGAAGCAGGUUCCCUGCUUUGCCUCAAUGCUAACUAAGAAGCUGCAUUUCUUUCCAAAAUCUAAAUAAUAGGUGCUGUUUUGUUUUAUGUAUCUGUAUUCAAAGUAGAUUUUCCCUUCUUUUUAUAAAAAAGAAGUAUCCCCAGGUUGAAGUUUAUGGUAUAGCAAUUUAAAAUGUUUUAAGCUUUAAUGAGAGAACUUUAAAAAAAAUAGUUCAUAUUGGACAUGGUGAAGGGGUUUGAUAUGUAGUAAUGAAAUCCUCAGGGAAUUUCUGUAAGUUAAAAAUACAUUAGCAUUUCUAAUACUUGACUUUUAUAGUAAAUUGGAAGGUUACUCAUAAUAUCUGGCUGAUUUAACUUUUAUUUUGUGACUUUUUUACAUGAAACUUUUUAAUCUUUUUAAGGGUUUUUGAAUCCUAAGUAUUAGUUUUUCUUUAAUAUUUGAAAUUCAUGUUUUAUUAAAUUUUUCUAAUUCACAUUCUUAUUUGCGUAAUUUAUAGAUGACUUGUUUUACUUGGUCAUGUAAAUCUACAUAUGAGUUACCACUUUUUGUAUAGGACUUGAACACUCACAUUUAAAAAAAAACAACAGUUCAUUUUUUUCAAAGUGAGCAUUAUAGUCUUGUACAAAAAGUGGUAUUUCAUGCAUAGAUACGGCAUUCUGAGAAGGAAAUAGAAAACAUAAAACAUAGUGACUUCUUAGUAGAGGCUACACUUGCAGAGUGAUUCUGUCAGUACCUUCUGUGUUAAGUUACUAUACACUGUCCAGCAGUCUCACAUGCGGACUGUUAUGUUAAUGGAAUAAUAGAUAUUACUUUUAAGAUUCAAUUCUUACUAAUAUGAUAUAUAAAAUUUGAGUAGCCCGUUAAUAACCUACUGGAGACUGAAGAUGGUUAUGUUCAGGCUCUUAUAGCAAACUUGAGGGUUGCUAGCUCAGAAGCAGUUUGCCUAUGUCGUUUCAGUUGCAGUUCAAAACAUGUGCCAACUCUAUGCUAAGGUCAGUGGGACAUUUAUGCCUCUUUUUGUGUCAUAACAGGGACUUCACGUCAGUUGAACAUUUUACCUGUCCUUUAACCCCCUACUCACAGGCGUUGCCAUCUCCAUGGUUCUACCUAUAAGAGCAAAUGACUACAAAUGAUUUCAAGUGACAAUUUAUAAUAAUCUUAGCUAUAUUUAAUGAUAAAAAUUUUCAACUACGAAUUUAAAAAGUAAUGGCAAGAUGAUUUUAAAUGAAGCCUAAGAAUCAAAGUGAAGCCAGGCACACUGACCACUUCACCUCUGCAUGGGAAUGAACGAACACAGGACACUUACGAGGAACCUUAACUCACGUGCUGAACUGCAGCAGCAGAUGCUUCAAUUUUGAUGGACGCGUCCAAGCUCCUUCUGGCAGCAACCUCAACGAGCCAUGAAAAUCCACAAACCAAAAAUCUCAAAUGAGAACAUUAAAGAAUACCUGUGUUUUGCAGGCAUUUUUUUUUAUUAACAAAAGAGACUGAAAUAGUCAAAUUCACAUGAACUACAGGACUCAGAAAGUUCCAGUUUCUAAGUUGCAAAUGAACACAAUGCAAAAAUUCACUGACAUUUAAAAAUGGAAGAUCACUUCUUUUCAUUGAGUUCCUCUACUGGCAUCUGCAAAUAGAGAGAGUGGCGCACCCGUCUCAGGGCUUCUGUAGCCUGUCCACAGGAAGAAAAAGAGGCAGUGAUCAGAAAGGACUGCAAGCCUUUGAGCAUUACUGCUCACGAGGAACUCUAUACCUUCAACAUCUCCUUAGGUCAAUACAUAGAUCUAAACUAUGAGUGGCAACUGCCUACUAUUAAUAUUACAAUUUAUGUGGAUCCUUUUGUAAAACAUGAGUUCGAGGUUUCUAUUAUGUCCUUAGAGUUCUUGUUACGUUAGUUUUCGCCUUUACAGUGGUUUUCCCAGUUCAUAUUCAAAAACAAAAAACAAAAACCUACUCUGA